UAGAAAUGUAAAUCUGCACAACUUCUGAUCGUUACUUUGCUUCUGGUGUUCACUGGUCGGGUGUUCGUACAAUUCUUGGUUUAAUCCGAUAUUAUUUUGACAGUGUCGCCGGAAAUGCUCGCUCCCUAAAGUCUAGCUUGGCUCUGGCCCCUCGCUGUCACGCGGACAGGUCUCGGUCGGAGGCUUGUCACCUGGCGGUGUGACUUUACUUAGUUGGAGGUGUCUCCAAGUGUUAGACAGAUCCACACGCGCCCUAACUUCCCGCUUCAUUCUAAUCUCCUCUCGGCUCUGGGCUCAUUUCCCUGCGCGAUCAUGUUGUGAGAACAGGAUGAGGAUGUCAGCUCCGUGAGACGGCGCCGCGCACAAGGAUGGAUGCGUGGAUGUGUCCGCUCCAAGGCGCACGGGAGUAACGCAGAGAAGUGACUGAACGCGGGAUUCUUCUUUUGCUCUGCUCUUCACUUCUACUUGGAGUUCAUUCUCUGAUCUAUUCGUUUGUGUUGUUCCUCAUUGAAGUUUGUUGGUUUUGGAACGCGCAGCAUCCGCUCCGACCUCAGGCUCCCAUCACUUACUAUAUGUCUAGUGUGGAAAAUACCCGGUGGAAGGAGUACAGCGGGGUCCAGUCUGAGGACGGGACAUUAGCGUCCUAUAAAGAUCCACUUCUGAUUUGUUUCUAAUCUGUGCGUGAUGCGCGUGGAAUGAGGAGAGGAUGGAUGUAUUUUGGGAGAUACUGCUCAUUCUUCAAGCCAAUUUUUUCGUCUGUAUAUCGGCUCAACCAAAUCCACCGAAAAUUCAUGAGGGAUGGUGGGCGUACAAGGAGGUGGUGCAGGGGAGCUUUGUUCCAGUGCCGUCGUUCUGGGGGCUGGUCAACUCGGCCUGGAACCUCUGCUCAGUCGGGAAGAGGCAGUCGCCAGUUGACAUCGAGACCAGCCAUAUGAUCUUUGACCCUUUCCUCACGCCCAUAAAGCUGAACACUGGGGGACGCAAGGUGGGAGGGACGAUGUACAACACCGGCCGUCACGUCUCUCUGCGACUGGACAAGGAGCAUCUGGUUAACAUAUCUGGAGGCCCCAUGACGUACAGCCAUCGCCUGGAGGAGAUCCGGCUACACUUCGGCAGCGAGGACAGCCAGGGAUCUGAACACCUGCUCAAUGGCCAGGCCUUCUCCGGAGAGGUUCAGCUGAUUCACUACAACCACGAGCUGUACGCAAAUUACACAGAAGCUGCUAAAAGCCCCAAUGGACUGGUCAUAGUGUCAAUAUUUAUGAAGAUUGCUGAGACGUCGAAUUCCUUCUUGAAUCGGAUGCUGAACAGAGACACCAUCACAAGAAUAACAUAUAAAAAUGAUGCGUAUCUUCUCACCGGAUUGAACAUAGAGGAAAUUUACCCAGAAACAAGUAGUUUUAUCUCAUAUGACGGAUCAAUGACGAUCCCCCCCUGUUCUGAAACAGCCACAUGGAUUCUGAUGAACAAGCCUGUGUACCUCACACGGAUGCAGAUGCACUCUUUGCGUCUGCUGAGCCAGAAUCAGCCAUCCCAGAUUUUUCUGAGCAUGAGUGACAAUGUGCGCCCCGUGCAGCCACUAAACAACCGCUGCAUCCGCACCAACAUCAACUUCAGCAUGCAGGGCAAGGACUGCCCCAACAACAGGGCUCAGAAGCUGCAGUACCGAGUAAACGAGUGGCUGCUAAAAUAGGUUUCUACGGAUGAGCAAGGAGAAGACACGCGUUGGACAAAUGACAGAAAAAUGUGAAACCGUUCCCGAGGCUGCAUCUCAUCCAAGACUCUUUCAUGGCAUUGUACAAAGAAGAUCAACAAUGGACACUGUUUGAAUGAAACAAGCAGAGAUACUCUUUAAUCAAGGAGAAGCAGACCGAACCCUGGGUCUACCACAUGUUAACAGGCCCCUUCCCUGACUGUAUGACUGCAUCCAUACAUUUUGAUACCAAUACUUUUAUGGGUGAAAACAAAUAAAUGAAAAAAAAGAAAAACAUGAACAAAUAUGAACAAACAAAGAAAAAUGGCAAUGUGUCAUUUAUGUGAUAGUUUUCCACCCAAAAGGACACCUUUGGAGCUUCAAUGUCUCUGUAUAUAAAAGAUGUUAACGUCAUUGGGGAAAAAACCCAGGAUGAAGUCACUGCCCCCAUUCCUGACAGCCGAGCACAAACGUUCUCGCUUCAUUACAGUCACAAACAGGGCACGUAAAACCGUAAACCACCAAACUGAACUCAGCCUUACCGUGUCAUUCUCCAAAACUGGAGUCAUGUCACACCCAAUGAACAAGCGACGUAUUGGCCUCCUUUGUACAUAUUAAUAUCAAUACUGCAGAAAAAUACAUAUGUAAAGAAGAAGUAAUAAAUUAAUAUAAAAAAGACAUAUAAAGAGGAUUUAAAAAAAAUGCUAAGUGAAGAAUUUGAAGCAGCUUGAUGCACUUUGAAUUCUGAAGCAGUUCUCAGUCUGAGCUGAUGCCUUUUUUCUGUUUUCUUGUUUACAAUGGUCAUACACUGUGUUUGAGUAAUGUUAUCAGCCCAAUAAAUGUGUCUGGAAAGUCGUUUUGGAAAAUGCUUCAAUAUAUGAGGAUCUGACUUGUUGUAUCUCUACCUGUUUUGUAUUAUUCCAAAUUAAAUGUGUUGGUAUGCCAA